GCUGAGGAAGUCAGCAGUGCUGAAUUCAGGGGGAUAAUUCCAGCCUGACAGAGCCCGCUUCUUCUUUUUGGGCUUGGCAUUGAAUAAGUCAGUGCUGUGCUACAGAGAGGCGACUGGGAAACCUAUCCAUCUGGUGCAAUCCAAACACAACAUUACAAAAAGAUGGCUGCGCCUAUAGACCCGAUGGAGGAACCCCGCAUAUACCAGCAGACCUUGCUGCAGGAUGGGCUGUAUGACCUCCUGGAGAAUGACAAGUUUGUGGACUGUGUCCUCAAGAUCAAGGAUAAGGAGUUUCCCUGCCACCGGCUGGUGCUCGCUGCCUGCAGCUCCUUCUUCAGGGCCAUGUUCCAGUCAGACCUGGAGGAGUUCAAGAAGCGGGAGAUUGUGCUGGAGGAAGUGGAGCCAAACAUCAUGGAGAUGAUCCUUAAAUACAUCUACACCUCCAACAUCAACGUGACAGAGCAGAAUGUGCAAGACAUCUUCACAGUGGCCAACCUGCUGCAGAUCCCCUCCAUCUUCACGGUCUGCGUCUCCUUCCUACAGAAGAGGCUGAGCCUCAGCAACUGCAUGGCCAUCUUUCGGCUCGGUCUCAUGCUGGACUGUCCCCGGCUGGCCAUCUCCGCACGGGACUUUGUCUGCAACCGUUUCCAGCUGAUUGUGCGGGACAAGGAGUUCUUAGAGCUGGGGCCGAACGAGCUGGCGGCCGUCAUCACAUCCGACGCCCUGAACGUGGAAAACGAGGAGCUGGUGUUCGAGUCGGUACUGAAGUGGGUCAGUCAUGACAAGGACAGCCGACUCAAGGACCUGCCGGGCCUGCUGGAAUGCGUCCGCUUCCGCCUGGUGCCCAUCAAGUACUUCACUGACAAGGUGGAGAAGCACGAGUGGCUGCGGUCAAACCCGGAGAUUGUGGAGAAGCUACAGCUGGUCAAAGAUGCAUUUGACGGAAAGCUUCCUGAAGUAGAGAAAACCAAGAGUAAGAAGGCAGUUAGCAAAAAAACAGAGGAGGAUGCCGAAGUGGGUGAGGAGGAAGAGGAGCAGGAGCAGGAAGGCUUGCUUCCAGGGAUCCUAAAUGACAACCUGCGAUUUGGCAUGUUCCUCAGAGACCUCAUAUUCAUGAUCAGUGACACAGGAGCAGUGGCCUAUGACCCCACAGGGAAUGAUUGUUACGUGGCAGCUUUAUCUACUCAGAUUCCCAAGAACCAUUGCAGCCUGGUCACCAAGGAGGACCAAAUUUUUGUGGCAGGGGGACUUUUCUAUGAUGAGCACAGCAAAGAGGAGCCACUCAGCUCCUACUUUUUACAGUUUGACCCCAUGGGCUCAGACUGGCUAGGAAUGCCCCCUCUCCCAUCCCCCCGGUGCCUGUUCGGGAUGGGGGAGGCAGAGAAUUCCAUCUUUGUCAUCGGGGGCAAGGAGCUGAAGGAGGGAGAGCGCACCCUAGACUCUGUCAUGGUCUACGACAGACAGUCUUUCAAAUGGGGGGAAUCGGAUCCACUUCCCUUCACAGUUUACGGCCAUGGAACCGUGUCUCAUAACGGACUCGUCUAUGUAAUGGGAGGAAAGGGAGACAACAAAAAGUGCUUGAAGAGGAUGUGUGUCUACGACGCAAAGAAAUUUGAGUGGAGGGAGCUGGCCCCAAUGAAGACGGCCCGUUCUCUCUUCGGUGUCACAGUCCACAAUGACAAAAUCCUCGUGGCAGCUGGAGUCACAGACACGGGCCUCACCAGCACAGUGGAGGUCUACGACAUUGCCAGCAACAAGUGGUCUGACUUUCUGGAAUUCCCCCAGGAGCGCAGCUCCAUCAGUCUGGUCUCCAUAGCUGGCUGCCUCUAUGCUGUGGGAGGGUUUGCCAUGAUGCCCACUGAAAAUGAGGAGCUUAUCCCUAAGGAGAUGAAUGACAUCUGGAGAUAUGAAGAGAGUGAGAGGAAGUGGAAUGGUAUCCUGAGGGAGAUCCGCUAUGCAUCAGGUGCCACUAUCCUAGGUGUACGUCUCAAUACCCUCUGUCUUACCAAGAUGUAACUGCCACAGCGCACCUGGAGGUGGAGAAAACCACUUGAAUUUAACCAGCAGCCCCAAGAUGUCAUUCAGAGCAGAGCAUUUCACCUAGUUUGCCUGACUUUCUCAGAGAGUAAAAGUCCCAUUCCAUGUAAUGUCAUCUCCAGUAGAAUGAAUGCAGCAGAUAUUAUGGAGCAGUAAUGUGAAAUUUAGCUGAAACAAAUAUCUAAUUACCAUACU